AUGGUCUUCCAAUCUGUCGAUUUUGCCAGGCUCGACUUCAUGACUGGCGUUCUCUUGAGAAGCACAUCACAGAAGGCUACGCCACAGUCGCAGCUCGAGCAGGAAAUUGGCGAGGCCCUGAAGCAGCUCAUUCCGGACAGCUCGAAAAUCAAGAUACACUGGCAGCGCACUCAUGCACCGGAGUGGAAGAUGCACUCAGCCAAAAAUUCCAGGGAUCACUCAGCGAAAUGUUCGUCGCUGUUUCAGCUCUUGGCAGUGCGAGCAAUGCGCAGCACGGGAUCAACAGCGCCAAUGCCCGCCAAGGGCCCUGCGCUCAAGCAGUCGGAGCACUCACCAUUGUAUGCUCAGUUUGACAUCACCAAAACCAGUUUGGGGAAAUACCUGCGCAAGGCUGGGGACCAGGACACAGGACCUGGACCUUUGAUCGUCGACAACAUGAUGCUGCUGAAUUCACAGCUGCGCUGCUUUGUGGUCUCGGCCUUAGCCUUGCGCAGUGGGAGGCUCGCUAUCCGGAUCAAGAAGGGGUUCAAGUUCUCCACACUGGAGGAUGGCCCGGUGCUUCUUCAUCUUGCGCGCAAUGCGGAUGCCUCCAAGAAUGAGGUUCGAGCUCUCGUUGAACAUCAUGGAGACAGUGUGGUGUCUGGCUCUGAGGAGUGGAAUUUCUACCAGCAAUACCGCCCAGCUGGUUUUCAGUUGGCAUCGGGACCUCCCUCAGAAGUCUCCACUGCUGCCACUGCUGAGGAGCGAGAAGCCAAGGCUGCCAAACUUGACAAGGGUGGUCGAGGAAAAGGCUCCCAAGGUAAUCCUGGUAGCUCUGGUGAUGGUGCGGGCCAGUCCAACAAACGGCAGGGCCAAUGGGGCAAUGGUGGAGGUGGUCGCCAGAACUGGUCCUGGCAGGGGAACUGGAAGGACAGUGGUUCCUCGGGCGAUGGAGCGGAUCUGCAAGAGAUACAGAAGCUGCUGACGAUGAUGCAGAAGCUGGCCUUGCGUCACGAAGACAGCAUCAACCUUCUGAAGCUGGAGUAUAGCUUUGUGGCCCACAUGAAGCUUAAUGUUCCGGCCAGUGUGGUGCACAUGCUGUAUGUGGCGGCGGAUGGAUGGCGCAAAGUGAAGGCGCAGGAGAUCCAGGCCCUGGAUGGUACCCCGGGGGACGUUGACAAGCUUGCCGAGCUGGGCUGGCUUGUGAAAGGCCCUCCCCUCACGUGGCAUUUCUUGAAGUGGGACUCGGCGGCCCAGCGCAGCAUCAUCGAUACCAACAAGCCUCCUCUGACCAACGCGGAGGUUUUGGAGCACAUCGACACGAUCCUCGCCAAUGCGGUCACCACCAACAGCCUGGCAAGGUUCCAUCCAACGCGCCCCCUGGGAGACACUAUGCAGGGCGAGAGCAUUGUGUUCCUCAUUCAGGUGGGGAACUUUGGAGAUGCGAGCUUGAGUAUUCGCACCAGCCUGAAAGCCCUGAGCUACAAUGCUGCUCUCCAGCUUGUGGCCACCCAGCUGAAAGAGGACAGG